AUGGUGCACAUGCAACAUAGGGACAUUAUGGAGCAUAAUGCCAAUUCUCGGUAUGGAGACAUCACCUUUGAUGAAGAGCAAUUAAGAGAUGUUGGAUAUCAAGACAAAAACAGCUACAGCACCUAUGACUACUCGUUUCCCUUCAACGACCAGCCCUUCCAGCCUCUUUAUGUCAAUGCUAAACAGCUUAACUGGAUAAAGAAAAGAAAGGCAAGGAGAGAUAUGCUGGACUCUCUCAUGAUAACAAACAGGAGAAACUAUCUCCAUGAAAGCAGGCACAAGCAUGCCAUGAAAAGGCUAAGAGCACCUUCUGGUAGGUUCCUAACAAAAGAGGAAACUGAAGAGUUGAACAGGCAAGGCAACUGCAGCUGA